CCUGGAGCCUAUCAAGUCCCUAUGCCCAGAAUUCAAAUCGAAACUUUCCUGUCCGGGCAAAGAAACCAUUCUUAGCAUUGGACCGCGGGAAGGGCGUCCGAGACCGCAAGAGGAAACAUGGCUGCUCGCAAUGGACUCAGUAAAGUCAGGGCUAUCUGGAACUUCAUCAAAUCUCGAGACAGCCCCGGUUUCGACAGGGUUCUUGAAAAAUUACAUAGGAGCAGCAAAACCAGGUGAGACACUCUUGAUAGAAGCCCACACAAACAAGUUUGGGAAGAGUCUUGCCUUCCUGAGUGUUGAAAUCAAAACCAAAGAAACUGGAAAGCUCAUUGCACGUGGGACUCAUACAAAAUACCUCCCAGGGACAGACUUCAAUUUGUGAUCAUGUCAGUGCAAUGCUUCAUUCAAGCAGCUUUUUAAGUGCUGUGUAUGUUAGUUCUAGAGAUGAGAGCUUCUGAUGAAAUUAUACAAGCUCUUGGCCAUCUUGCAG